AAUGUAAUAGUGUGAGUGCAAAAACGUAAACAAUUUCAAGAGUUCAAAAUAAAUUUUUCAAUUAUUUUCAUAUAACAAGUAAAAUACUUACAAAAAUAAGCCGAAAAUGGCACAAUCUGUUUCAGUGUCGGUGGAAGCUCCGAUUGAAAAUCAAAUAUUGAGCAUAGACUACGAUGGAACUGAAGUUUAUCAAACCCCAUUAACACAAUCAGAAUAUUUAACACGUAAUGCAGCAAGAAUUAAUUUCACAAAAGCAGCCGAAACAACUGAAGGUGAUAAAAAAGCCGAUGAAGAAGUUUCCACAGUUCCUCAAUCCAGUUUAGCUCCUUUUGAAAAUAUUUUGAUUAAGCUAAGAGAUGCUUAUACAGAAGUUUCUGUUCUUCAUGAUGUUCUUGCUAUUUCUAAAGAGAAACACUAUUUAGUUCUUGAUCCAGUACCACAAGAGCCUGCUGAAACAAAACAAAUGGCGCUUGUUUAUGCUCGAAAGAAAGCUCUUGGAACAGCUGCUAGUGUUCUUAUUGCUGGUGCAGAAAGAUUAAAACGAUGUGACAAUGGGCCUGAUUUCCAAAUAGAAUUGCUUCGACUCCGUCAGAAUUGGCGUUUGAAGAAAGUUUCUGAUUCAAUAAUUGGUGAUUUAAGUUUUCGAACAGCUGGUUCAAAGUUCUUCGUGCCUGGUAAUUUUGAGGUUGUCAAAAAUGACGACACAACACCAUCGAAAUCUUCAGGUACUCCUUCUCCACUUCAAGUUAUCAUUCCAGCAGAACUUCAAGGCAUUGCUUAUAUCAAAGUUGUGACACAAAAGGAUCAAGAAGAUUUAUGUUCAGCGAGUGUCAAUUUACUCAACGAAAACGCUGAAUAUCCAAAAGCAAAAGAAACUUAUUGGCAGAAGAAGCUUGAGUUCGCUCAAAAUGUACUUUUCUGUAAAGAAUUAUUCAACCAAUUGGCAAGAGAAGCUGUUCAACUUCAAGCUGCCAUUCCUCAUGUUGUCAUUGGCAAUCAAAUUCGAGCGACUCUCCUUCCAGGUAUUCAACUGAUUAUCAGCUUGUGUCACACAACUUCUUAUCAAGUGUCUGAAAAUGAAGUGAAAAAGAAGCACGAUGGACAUGAUCAUGUUUUGGAGCAUUCACUUCAUCAACUUCUUCGUGAAGUUCAUCACAAGAAUAUUCAUCAUCCACUUCCACAUUCAGGUCAUGCUUAUGGCAUUGCCAAGAAAAGACUGCUUGCUGGUCCGAUGGCUUUCGAUAGACAUGAACUUUGGGAAAUGACAAAAUCACAGACAUUAUUGGAACAAAUCAUCGCUCAAGCCCAACAUAUUUUUAUGCGAAAACGUACGCAAUAUGUUCUCGAUACAUUAGCACGUGAUGUUAAAGAUCCUCAAAUUGUUUCACAUUGGAACGCUCUCAAUUCACCGACAAUGAGUUGGGUGAAGAUUAAAAUCAAUACUCAAGGCUAUGAUACAAUUUGUCGAACGUCUUUGGUGAUUCAUGUUAAAGAACGUUCACUUAAAGCUAUCUGCAGAGAUGGACGUGUCAUGCAUUUAUCUUAUGAACCACAAGAACUUCGUGACUUGAUACUUACACAAAUAUGUCAUCAUCAAAUUGCUGGACUGCAGUCGCUCGCCAAAUGUAUGGCAUGGCAAUUGUUAUCAAAUUCAACUCAUCUUGGAAUUGGAGCUGUUGAACCACUUGGUAAUGCACAUUCGUGUGUUAUUGCAUCACCAAAUGCCGAUCGAACAAUUGCUGUUCAAGUUCGCUGUGAUCCGCAAAUUGUUGUGAAAGUUUAUAUCUCACAUAGCCCUAAAGAUUUUUAUCCAAGUGGAUUAGUGCAGGGAAAGUUUUGGGAGAAUCUUGGUGGAAACUUCAGAGAAGUUCGUUUCGAUAAAAUGGAAGGAAAAAACUUUUUGAAUAAAAUGGAAUUUCUGAUGGCCGCUUGUACGAAGAAAAAUCAUUGAAGAAGUUGAUGAAUCGCAAUCAGUCAAUUGAAGUUUUAUGUUGAUUUAGUUUUUACGAUUCAAAAUGAGCAUCAUCAUAAACCUUGAAUUUACUGAAAGAUGAAAUUCAUAAAUAAAUAAACUGUUUCAAUGUUUAAGUCAACGAA